UAUAAGUUCUUGACACUUUUUGUUUUUUCUCCUUUUUAUUCUCAUUUGAUAGUACUACUACUCCAAUAAAAAUGCCAAAUUUUAGACCAUUUCUUCACUUUACUAUUCUCAUUCUUCUCAUCAACUCUGGCCUAACUCUUUGCCACACCAAAGGGCUUAGGCCAAAGAGAAAUGCCAAAGGAAAACAACUAACAGUGAAUAUGACACAAGUUCAACAAUCAGAACAACAAUUCAUGAAAUGGGUUCAAUUUGUUGGAAGCCUAAAACAUUCCCUUUUCAAAACAGCCAAAAAUAAAAUCUUCCCUUCUUUCACUCUUACUGUUGAUAAAAAUCCUUCUCAUGGAGAUUUUACUUCAAUUCAAGAUGCCAUUGAUUCUCUCCCAUUUGUCAAUCUUAUCAGAGUUGUUAUCAAAAUCCAUGCAGGAGUUUACACGGAGAAAGUAAAUAUACCACCAUUUAAAUCAUUUAUAACAAUAGAAGGAGCAGGAGCAGAUAAAACAAUAAUUCAGUGGGGAGAUACAGCACAAACUCCUGGACCAAAUGGAAAACCCCUCGGCACUUUUGGUUCUGCAACUUUUGCUGUGAAUUCCCCUUAUUUCCAGGCCAAGAAUAUUACUUUCAAGAAUACAACACCAGUGCCAGCAGCAGGAGCAAUUGGAAAACAAGCAGUAGCAUUUAGAAUAUCAGCAGAUACAGCAGCUUUUGUUGGUUGUAAAUUCUUGGGAGCUCAAGAUACACUCUAUGAUCAUUUGGGUAGACAUUAUUACAAAGAUUGUUAUAUUGAAGGUUCUGUGGAUUUCAUCUUUGGCAAUGGUCUUUCUUUCUUUGAGGGAUGUCAUUUGCACGCAAUAGCACCAGUGACAGGGGCAGUAACAGCACAAGGAAGAAGCAGUAUGUUGGAGGACACUGGCUUUAGCUUUGUCAACUGUAAAGUCACGGGUUCUGGUGCUUUGUACCUUGGAAGAGCUUGGGGUCCCUUCUCUAGGGUUGUCUUUGCAUAUACUUAUAUGGACAAUAUUAUCAUCCCUAAAGGCUGGCAUAAUUGGGGUGACCCUCUUCGAGAAAUGACUGUUUUUUUUGGGCAAUACAAAUGUAGUGGACCAGGGGCAAGUUUUGCAGGAAGAGUUUCGUGGUGUAGAGAGCUAACUGAUCAAGAAGCUAAGCCUUUUAUUUCACUUAGCUUUAUUGAUGGCUCUGAAUGGAUCAAUUUUUAAAUAAAUAAAUAAAUUAUCUGCACUACAAAUUUUUCUCUUUUUUAUUUGUUUAUUUUGGCUUACUUUGUAAAGUCCAUGUAUCUGGUAGUAGUUCAAAGAGGCAUAGAGUAGAAAAAUCUUUGUACGAAUAAUGAAAAUUAAGAGUAUAACAUACCCCAUUUUUUUUG